GUCACGUACAUAGCUAAGUACAUCAAGCUGAGGGAGAAAUAAAGACUUAAAAAGUGAUUGUGAAAGCUGGAGCUAAAUAAAUUCUGCGUAAUUAAAAAUCUCCCUAAACACCUUAAUUAACUCUCAUAAAUAAAAAACUACCAACAAACGAUAAUAGCCACAGUGUCAUAUAUUAUUACAAGCAAGGCAACGAGUAAAAUCUUAGCAAUGGCGACUUGACCCCACAAAGAAUGGAACACUUUGCUCAACAUCGACAUUACUCACUAUCUCGAGAUUGUCUUUUCGAGUCUAAUUAAAAAGCCAUAAAGAUGGCAGAAGUUGAUCCAGAGACGUUACUGGAGUGGCUUAGCAUGGGCCAGGGAGAUGAACGAGACAUGCAGCUGAUAGCUUUGGAGCAAUUAUGCAUGUUGCUGUUGAUGAGCGACAAUGUUGACCGGUGCUUCGAGAUCUGUCCACCGCGAACAUUUUUACCGGCGCUCUGUCGUAUUUUUUUGGACGAGCACGCGCCUGAUAGUGUCCUGGAAGUGACAGCACGGGCAAUAACUUACUAUCUUGAUGUAUCAGCGGAAUGUACGCGACGAGUGGUCGCCAUGGAGGGCGCAGUCAAGGCGAUUUGCGGACGACUGUCAGGUGCAGCUUUGGGAUCACGAGCUAGUCGUGAUUUAGCAGAGCAGUGCAUUAAAGUACUGGAGUUGGUUUGUGCACGAGAAGCUGGAGCAGUAUUUGAAGCUGGAGGUCUUCCGUGUGCCUUGGGAUUUAUCAGGGAAAAUGGAGCGCGUGUUCAUCGUGACACAUUACACUCAGCGAUGGCCGUUGUGUCAAGACUCUGUGGUAAAGUAGAGCCUCAGGAUAAAACGCUUCCCGAUUGCGUGGAAGCCUUGUCAACUUUACUGAGACACGAAGACGCUCACGUGGCUGACGGCGCGCUGCGUUGCUUUGCAUCACUCGCAGAUCGUUUUUCACGACGUGGAACAGAUCCAGCACCGCUGGCAUCCAAUGGAUUAGUGUCAGAACUUCUCUACAGAUUAUCAAAUGCAGCGGGACCAGGUACUUCAGUAGCAGCAGCUGCCAAUAAUCCCAAAACACCGCCACCUUCUACAACAUCAUCAACGAUACCAGCACCCGAGCCCAAGUCCUGUGCGUCAGUUUCCACCAUCAUAAGUCUUUUGUCCACAUUGUGCCGUGGAUCUCCAUCAAUAACUCAUGAUUUGUUGCGGUCAGAGUUGCCUGAUGCCAUUGAAAAAGCUUUGAAAGGCGACGAGAGAUGUGCAUUGGACUCAAUGCGACUUGUAGAUUUACUUCUCGUAUUAUUAUUUGAAGGAAGAUCUGCAUUAGGUCGCGGUGGAGCCGUUGGAGGACCAUCUGGGCCUCUUUUGCCUCGUCUACGUCGGCUAGACAGCGCUGGGGAAAAAUCACACCGUCAAUUAAUCGAUUGCAUCCGUUCUAAAGACACUGAUGCACUGAUAGAAGCAAUCGACACUGGAGGUAUUGAAGUAAAUUUUAUGGAUGACGUAGGACAGACUUUAUUGAACUGGGCAUCGGCAUUUGGAACUCAGGAAAUGGUCGAGUUUCUUUGCGAUCGAGGUGCUGAUGUUAAUAAAGGACAGCGGUCAUCUAGCCUACACUACGCCGCGUGUUUCGGCAGACCCGCUAUUGCCAAAGUAUUAUUAAGACAUGGUGCCAAUCCGGAUCUGCGCGAUGAAGACGGCAAGACCCCGCUGGACAAAGCUCGUGAACGUGUUGAUGAAGGCCACAGAGAAGUUGCCGCUAUUUUACAGAGCCCUGGUGAAUGGAUGCUCCCACCGAGCAAUCAAGAACACAGAAAGCAAGACAGUGAUGUUGAUAGUGAGUUCACGGAACCUAAAGGCGACCCUGAGAUGGCGCCGGUUUAUUUGCGGAGACUUUUACCUGUUUUUUGUGCCACAUUUCAGUCGACUAUGUUACCUAGUGUGCGGAAGGCUAGUUUAAGUUUGAUACGUAAGAUGGUUCAUUAUAUACAGGCUGAUCUGCUUGUUGAGACUUGUGGAUCUGACAAAACUGCUGGAUGCGGUGCUAUGCUCGUUGAAGUUAUCGCAAAUGUUCUUGAUAAUGAGGAUUUUGAGAUAAAACCGACGCCACCACCGCCUCCACCUCUCAAGUUGAUUGUUGGUCCCAAAUUGCCCUGCCUUCGCAAGUCUACUUCUACUUCUUCCAGUUCCCAGAACUACAUUAUUGAUAAAACGGAAGACGAAGACGGACACUUGAUAAUAUUGCAAAUGAUCCAAGACCUGAUGAUGAAGGGCAAAGAUGAAUUUCUCGAACACUUUGCGCGUCUUGGAGUUUUCUCUAAAGUUGCGGCACUCGCGGGACCGCAGGACUCGCCAGCUGAACCGGAAAAUGAACCUGCUGCGACGGCGACUGCUUUGGUUACUGGUGAUGAACAUAAACCAGAAGAUGCACGAGAGUUGCUGGUGGGUCGCGCUUAUCACUGGAGAGACUGGUGCAUUUGCCGCGGUCGCGACUGUCUUUAUGUUUGGUCAGAUGCAGCGGCCUUGGAGUUGUCUAAUGGAAGUAACGGGUGGUUCCGCUUUAUUCUUGAUGGAAAAUUAGCUACCAUGUACUCCAGCGGUAGCCCUGAAGGCGGCACUGAUGCAACUGGAAAAGGGAGAAACACAGAAUCGCUUACAACAGAAGUAAUGGCGUCGAUUGCAGAGAGUCGUGGAGAAUUUUUGGAAAAAUUACAACGUGCACGUGGACAAGUUAAACCUAAUACUGUAAGUCAACCUGUGCUUUCAAAGCCUGGUCCCACACGUUUAGUUGUGGGUAACUGGGCACUUUCAAGUCGCAAAGAAUGCGAAAUGUGUAUUCAUAAUAGCGACGGGCAGCAACAAGCAACUAUUUUACGCGAAGAUCUGCCUGGAUUUAUUUUCGAGUCUAAUCGCGGUACUAAACAUUCGUUUACUGCCGAAACUAGUUUAGGUCCGGAUUUCGCAGCAGGAUGGGCAGGAAAGCGUGGCAAGCGUCUGAGAUCAAAGAUAGAAGCCAUAAAGCAAAAAGUUAAAACCCAAGCACAAGAAAUAUACGAGAAUUAUUUCAAAGCAGCACAAGCUCAGCCGCGCGGAGUAGUGGCCAAGUUAGCAGCGAUAGUAAAUCAAAUAGACAAAGCAUAUCAGAAGCAGUUGUCCGGCAAUCGGGAGUGGCGCAGCGUUCUCCAGUCAGCUUUAGAAGAAUUGAAGAUGUUGUUGAACGAGGAAGGCCGCGUAUCAGCUUACGAAUUGCAUUCCAGUGGACUCGUGCAGUCGCUGCUAGGCCUCCUGGCCAGUCCUUCUAGCCCCCAAGUUACCACAGUAAGAGCCAACCGCAUGCGUCUCCAGCGGAUAGCCGUCUUCAAGAGCUGCUUCAAAGCCAAAGACACAAAUGACGGCAACUCGGCCAAAGUGUUGGUCCAGAAACUGGUCUCAGUUCUCGAGUCAAUUGAAAAGUUACCCGUAUAUCUCUACGACACACCUGGAUCUGGAUACGGGCUACAGAUUCUUACCCGCCGGCUGCGUUUCCGUCUUGAACGCGCCCCCGGUGAGUCCUCGCUCAUCGACAGGUCCGGCCGUAGCCUUAAAAUGGAACCACUCAGCACAAUCCAGCAGCUGGAGAACCACUUGCUGAAGAUGAUAGCAAAGCAGUGGCACGACCACGACCGAACGACAUUUACGUUCGUUAAAAAACUUAAAGAAGGCAACAAGAUGACCUUUCAGUACUCACACGAUUUUGAUGAGAACGGAGUCCUCUUCUGGAUCGGUACCAAUGCUAAGACCAGUCCCGAGUGGGUCAAUCCCGGUCAGUAUGGUCUAGUAGUCGUGACAUCUAGUGACGGGCGCAGUUUACCUUACGGACAUCUAGAGGAUAUUUUAAGUCGCGACCAGAGUGCGUUGAAUUGUCAUACCAACGAUGACAAGCGCGCAUGGUUUUCUAUUGAUCUAGGAGUUUGGCUGAUACCCAGCGCGUAUUCACUGAGACAUGCCCGCGGCUAUGGAAAGAGCGCUCUCAGAAACUGGAUGUUCCAGGCAUCUAAAGAUGGAGUAACUUGGACGACUUUGUAUACGCAUAUUGAUGACUGCUCACUAAAUGAACCCGGCAGCACCGCAACCUGGACUUUGGAACCACCUGGUGAUGAAAGUCAGGGCUGGAGACAUUUACGGCUCCAACAAACUGGCAAGAACGCUUCUGGGCAGACUCAUUAUUUGUCAGUAUCUGGUUUUGAGGUUUACGGAGAAGUGACAGGAGUGUGCGAAGAUCUAGGCCGAGCUGCAAGAGAAGCCGAAGCUGGAGUAAGACGUCAAAGACGGCUGAUAAAGUCACAAGUUUUGAAACAUUUAGUUGCCGGGGCCCGCGUCGCUCGUGGAUUAGACUGGAAGUGGAAAGACCAAGACGGAGUACCUGCAGGCGAAGGUUCAAUCACUGGAGAGCUUCACAACGGAUGGAUCGACGUAACCUGGGACCACGGGGGCUCGAACUCCUACCGCAUGGGCGCUGAGGGAAAGUACGAUCUGCGAUUAGUUGGUACUAGUUUAGAUGGAGAAAAUAAAAAUAAAAAUGGAUCUGGUGUUCUUACGGGUAGGAAGUCUAGCAGCACACCCAGUUUGCCGGACUGUACUGAUGUCAGCAUGCGUGGAUCCGUUGCUUCAACUGACCAAGCAGCUAGUGCUGAAAAUUUGGCAGCCAAACAAGCUGCUGAAUCAAUUGCCGAAAGUGUGUUGUCUGUAGCACGGGCUGAAGCUGUCGUCGCAGUAACUGGAGAAGGCGGAGCCAGCAAUACUGGAGAACUUUCGGUGGUACUUCAUCCGAGACCUGACACCGCAGUCACCAGCGAUCUUGUCACCAUCGUAGAGAGUCUUGCUCUCAACACUGACUGCCCGCCCAACAGCAACAGCAACCGCGCGUCAAGUUCCAAGCCUCUGUUUUCGACAGUGCGCGGCAACAAGCCAACAAGCGGUUUAUUGAGCCUCGAAGCCUCCGAAGUACUUGAUCGUCUUCGCGAAGGUGCUGACCGGUUACGUAAUAACACUAACAGUUUCUUGAGUGGUGAAUUACUUGGUUUAGUACCUGUUAGAAUAUCUGUGUCCAGCGAAACUGAUGACAACUCAAUGAGAAUUAGACCUGUACCGCGUCACAAUCCAGCUACUGAUGCAACAAAAGAAUGCAACCGAGACAAAGAAGCCACCAGUUCGUCAUCACAAAAUACAACCGGGGGAUGUCCAGUUGUGGUUACCAAUCCCAUGUCCGUCUCGGUACCAAAUCUCGCAUGUACUGACACGAACAACACCUUGGAGACAACUGCAGCAUCCGGUUUACUGGAGACAUUCGCCGCAAUGGCACGAAGACGUACCUUAGGACCAGCUGGUGGACAGCACAUUGCACCCAACUCAAAUGUAACACAAAACACACGAGGACCGACAUCAGUAUCAAAUUUCGUACGUUUAGCCUUGAGUUCAAACUUUACCGGGGGACUGCUAAGUACCGCACAGAGUUACCCCAGUUUAACAAGCAGCAGUCAGGUCGCUGGCAGUGGUGUCACCACGACAACUGGUGCUGGUGGUUUAGGACAAGCAUUGACUAUGUCAUUGACCAGUACCAGCAGCGACAGUGAACAGUUAUGGCUACAGGUGAGUCUCGAAGACUUUUUGGAGUCAUGUGGUGGCGUUGCUAGUUCAAGUGUCGGGGGAAUACGAACAACUGGUGGCCCGACACUUCUUGGUGAGCUUGAUGAUGACGAAGAAGUACUGGCAGAAGAAGACGAUGACAACGAAGAAAAUGAUCCAGAGAUCGAUUUAUUGAUCCAGGACGACGACGAGGAGAAUGAGGAAGAAGUUGAAGGAGGAGAGGGUGAAUAUGAAGAAGUUAUGGUCUCUCGUAAUCUUUUGGCAGCUUAUAUGGAAGAAGAGACACCACAGAGUACUAAGCGACGUGCUUGGGAUGACGAGUUUGUACUGAAACGUCAAUUUUCUGCACUGAUACCCGCUUUUGAUCCUCGCCCAGGUCGCACGAACAUAAACCAGACAACAGAUCUCGAAGUGCCCCAGCCUGGAAGUGAUUUGCAGUCCAGCGUACGCGUGGGAACUCUUCCAUCGCCUCGUUUAUCUCUUUCACUUAAGGGUCCAGGUCUGCCGGAUAUACCAGACGUUGAAUUGUCACUUACGGAUCAAAAUGCCAGCAUAUUCCAGGCAGUGCAAGAGCUGAUGCAGAUGACCGAGUUAGGAAGCCGGCAAGAGAAGUUGCGCCGUAUUUGGGAACCGACUUACACGAUAAUUUACCGUGAGUCCAAAGAUGAAGAGUCUUCAGGCCGUGCUACACCAAUAGUGACUCUCUACUCAGGCAAACCAGCAGUCAGCAGUAACGCAUGCACCGUCGAAGACGUUCUCCAGUUGCUGAGACACGUCUACGUACUCAGCAUCACCCGGGAUGACCGUAGAGAUCCAACAAUAAAUGAAGAUUCGCUAGAGUCCACCUGCUGGGUUAACCCUGACGACUUUACCUCCAAGAAAAUUACCAACAAAGUGGUACAGCAGAUACAAGAUCCACUGGCACUUGCCGCCGGUGCUUUGCCAGCCUGGUGCGAGGAAUUAGCUCGCAGCUGUCCUUUCUUGCUGCCCUUUGAAACCCGGCGGUUGUACUUCAGCUGCACAGCUUUCGGAGCCUCAAGAUCCAUCGUCUGGUUACAGACCCAACGUGAUGCGAUCCUGGAACGUCAACGCGCACCAGGACUGAGUCCCAGGCGAGAUGACAGCCAUGAGUUCCGCGUCGGUAGAUUGAAACAUGAACGAGUGAGUGUUCCACGUGGUGACAAGCUUCUAGACUGGGCAGAACAGGUUCUUAAAAUCCAUGCCAACCGGAAGAGUAUUUUAGAAGUUGAGUUCGUUGGCGAAGAAGGAACGGGAUUGGGUCCAACGCUUGAAUUUUUCGCGCUAGUUGCCGCUGAGUUGCAGAAAAAAGAUCUUGGACUAUGGCUGUGUGAUGAUCAUGAUCAAUUAGAAGGAUACGCAUGUCCUUCAGACGAGCAAGCAAGACCUGCUGGUUAUUAUGUUAUCAGACCAAGCGGUUUGUUCCCUGCACCUCUACCUCAAGAUUCCGAGGCUUGCGAUCGCGCUGUUAGAUAUUUCUGGUUCCUCGGGGUCUUUUUAGCCAAAGUACUCCAAGACAAUCGUCUAGUUGAUCUGCCGCUGUCCAGAUCAUUCUUGAAGUUGAUGUGUCGCGGUGAUAUUGCCAAUAAUGUUAAUGAAAAGAUCGGACUGACGGGAGUUACCCAGGAAAGUAUGUCCUCAAGUAUGGCCAGCAGUUUUAUCAGCGAGGAAGGUGAGACGGAUGGACUCAACUCCUUAGAACCCAGUCCCUGGUACGAGGGAAUUCUCGAUGUCGAGGACUUGGUGAUGGUUGAUCCUGUGAGAGGUGAAUUUUUGAAAGAAAUUCAAGCGGUUGCUUGUAGACGGGAGAGAACUAUUUCUGAAGGUUGCUCGUCUUCUGAUGAAGAUGUUAUACGUAUUAAUCAUCCGUCCGGCACUUCUGUUGCUAUUGAAGACUUGGGAUUGACGAUGUCUUACUCACCUGGGUCGAAAGUUUUUGGAUAUGACCAUGAAGAACUUGUAGAAGGCGGAUACGAUAUCGCUGUUGGUGUUGACAAUGCGAGAGAGUACGCUGAGUUGACGAUUAAUUACUGUCUUAACAAAGGCAUUGCGAGACAACUGGAGUCUUUCAAGGCAGGAUUUUCUAAAGUCUUUCCUAUGGAGAAGUUGCAUGCCUUUAGUCCGGAGGAAGUCAGAGCUAUGUUAUGUGGAGAACAGAACCCGCAUUGGACUAGGGAAGAUCUGCUCAAUUAUACUGAACCCAAACUUGGAUACACACGUGAAAGCCCCGGUUUCCAGAGAUUCGUCAACGUACUUCUGUCACUAACUGGUCCCGAGCGCAAAGCCUUCUUGCAGUUCGCCACCGGAUGCUCAGCUCUACCACCCGGCGGUCUCUGUAAUCUGCACCCAAGACUGACAGUCGUGCGCAAAGUAGACGCCGGUUCCGGCGGUUACCCAUCAGUAAAUACCUGCGUCCACUAUCUGAAGCUGCCCGAGUACCCAACAGAAGAAGUUUUAAAAGAGCGACUCUUGGCUGCGACACGCGAGCGAGGUUUCCACUUGAAUUAAAUUAACAAAAUAAAAUAAAAUCACCUAAAAUAAAAUCACAAUAUAAAUAAAAAUGAAAUAAAAUAUUAUUUUUUAAUUAAGUCUCAAGUGUCUCAUGUGAUCACGGGCCUCGUGUUUAUUAAACACUUAAAAUCUUUAUGACUCAGUGGUACAGAAUUUAAUCUCACAGUUUAUUAUAAUUAAUUAAUUAAUUGAUUAAUUAUUACUAUUAAUUUAUUAAUAAUCCUUAAUUAUUAUUAUCAAUAGGCUUUAAUUUUAAUCUCAAAUAAUUUUGAGUACUUGUAAAUUUAAUUGCAGCUGGUUUAAUUAAUUAAUGGUUUUUAAAAUAUAUAUAUUAUUAAAUUUAAAUAUAAAUAAAUAUAUAUUUAAAGAUGAAACUAAUUAGGUGCUUUAACACGUUUUCGUCUUAUUAAUUAUUAUUAUUAUUUAAUUUAAUAAAUAUUAAUUAAAAAAUCUGUACUACAAUAAAUUAGUCACUUUAUUUAUUUAAAAUAUAUUUCGUUUUCAUUUGUAAAGUUUUUUACUUGAUUUAAUUUUUUUUUUCUUUCUUAGACGAUUGUACAUUAAAUUACUUAAUUAUUAAUUUUCUUAUACAAUUAUUAUUAUAAUAUAUAUGGGUUUUUAAGUAAUUUUAUCUGCCAAUAGUUUUAAAAUUUAUCUAAAAGCUUGAGUGUGCUGAUAAAUGUAAAAUUAAAUUUAAUAUAAAUGAAGAAUUUAUUUGUAUUGAUAAGAAAAGAAAAAAAAAAAAAAAAAAAAAAAAAACUGUCAGAUGAAUAUUUAAAUUAAAAAAAAAAUAUUUGUUGCCUAAUGUAUGGAUAAUAUAAAUAAUAUAUAUUUAAAUAUGUCGACUCUUGAUGUUUUGGUCCAAAUUAAAAACUAGAGUUUGUUUAAAUAUAAAUUUAUUUAUUGGAUUUAAUUAAUUAUUAAAUAUUGUCUAGCUUGUUCUUUGUAAUUAAAGAUAAAUAUAAAUAUAAAUAUUAAAUUGCAUCGCUUUAAAAAUAAAAUUAAUAAAUAAUAAAUAAAUAUAGAGGACAGUUUAAGUUAUUAUUUAAAUUAUAAAGAUCAUGAGUAAUUUAAUCACGUGGGUGUAUGACCAAAUGCGGACGGUUUUAUUGAAGGAAAAAAAAAUUUUCAAGAGAUGAAGACUCGGUAUAUUGGGCACUGCAUAUUUGUACGAUACGCUACUUAAUGCUCACAGAAUUAAUUAUUAAUUAUUGAUUAUUAUUAUCAUUAUUAUUAUUAUUAUUAUUAAUGAAUCAAUUAUUUAAAUAUUAAUAUAAAUACUAGAGGUAAAUAGAGAAAGAAAUAAAAUUUUAAAUGAUAAGAUAGUUAAGAUUAAUGUAUUAUAAAUUAUUAUUAUGAUUAAU